ACUAAUGAUUUCUUUUUAAAUAUUUCCGAAACGAUAAAUAUAUCGAAGUUAUCUCGAGAUAUAUCUAUCCUUAGCAAUAGUAGCUUCCAGUAACCACUCUAGUUCGUAUUCGUCUAAUGCGUAUUAUUAUGCGUAGGCAGUUGUCAAUUAAUAGCUUGUCUGUUAAAAUUUACAAAUUUUUGUCAUGACAAACGAAGAUACAACGUGGGAGGAGUUAUCAAAAAUAUCCGCAGAUCCUCCUAAAGCAAGAGAUAAAUGUGUACAAUGCAAGUUAUGUGUAUAUUAUUUAAUAAGACCGGUAGUAGUAUGUUGGUGUCCUGGUCUUCCAAAACAGCGACUGUGUCCUGAAUCUAGGAUCAUCAUUUUACAGCAUCCAGCAGAAGUGAAACGUUGUUUACGUACAGCUCCUAUGCUAUCGCUUGGUUUAGAGGAUGGAAAGUGCUUAACUUUUCGAGGAAAGAAAUUCCCAUCACCGAAACAUGAAGGCUUAACAGAAAUUUUAAAUGACAAAAAUACAAUUUUAUUGUAUCCAUCACCUGGAGCUGUAGCUUUGAAUGAAUUGGAUCCCGUAGGCACAAAUGGUCAAAAACCAUAUAAUUUAAUUUUAUUGGAUGGUACUUGGCCUCAGGCAAAGGCUAUAUAUCAUGCAAGCCCUGCAUUAUAUUUACUUCGAGCCUACAAACUAGUAGGCGUACCAGUGAGCGAAUAUGUGAUACGAACACAACCAACUGAAGGAUGCUUAUCGACUCUUGAAACAGGAGCAUAUGCACUUUCAAUUUUAGAAGGAAAUCAACAGUUAAAAAAUAUUAUGCUUGGGCCUUUACAUUACCUCUGCAAAUUUCAACUCGAAAAUGGAGCAGUAACUCAUCAGAGUAAAGAAUUUUUAAUGAAACAGAAAACUUACCCUAAACUUAUAAGCAGACGUCUAGCUAAACAAUUACGUAUGUUACCUGAAGAAUCUUAGUAAAGUAAGGCAUAAAGUAAAUUAGU